AUGCCUUGCCCAUCGAGAUCGGAUGAGUUGGUUUUCUUUGUGAAUGGGUGGAAGGUGAUCGAGAGGAAUGUGGACCCAGAAGUCACCCUGCUGAUCUUCCUACGAAAGAACUUGCACCUGACAGUAACCAAGUAUGCCUGCGGAAGAGGAGGCUGUGGUGCCUGCACCGUGAUGGUGUCUAAGCGAGACCCCGCGUCCCAGGAGAUAAGACACUUCUCUGUCACCGUGUGCCGGGUGCCCAUCUGCUCUCUGUAUGGGGCUGCUGUCACCACUGUGAAAGGUGUUGGAAGCAUCAAAAUGAGGCUUCACCCCGUACAGGAGAGGAUUGCCAAGAGCCAUGGCACCCGGUGCAGGAUCUGCACCCCAGGGAUGGUGAUGCCCAUGUACACGCUGCUCAAGAGCCACCCGCAGCCUUCAGAGGAGCAGCUGCUGGCAGCCCUGGGGGGUAAUCUAUGCCACUGCACUGGGUAUUGGCCAGUUCUUGCAAGUGGAGGGACCUUUUGUUUGGAGUCAAAUGGCUGUCAACAGAAAGGAACAGGAAAAUGCUGCCUGGAUCAGGGAGAAAAUGAUUCUUCCUCGCUCGACAGGAAAAGUGACAUUUGCAUGGAGCUAUUUGCAAAAGAGGAGUUCCAGCCCUUGGACCCUACCCAGGAGCUCAUAUUUCCCCCCCGAACUCUUGGUAAGAUGAGCUGGAGAAUGGCAGAGAACCCAGAAAAACAAACCCUGGCCUUUCAUGGAAAGAGCGUCACCUGGAUCUCCCCUGGGACCCUCAAGGACCUCCUGGAGCUGAAAGCAAAACACCUGGAAGGCCCUCUCAUCCUGGGCAACACCUUACUGGGACCUGCAUUGAAAUCUCAAGGACAUUUUCACCCAGUUCUCCUCUCUCCUGCUAGGAUUUCUGAGCUGAUUACGGUGUCUAAAACAAGGGAUGGACUGACAAUAGGUGCUGCCUGCAGUCUGGCCCAGGUCAAGAACAUCUGGGCUGACAGGGUAUCCGAGUUCCCGGAGAAGACCCAGACAUGCCAAGCAUUCCUGAAGCACCUGAAGAGCCUGGCGGGCCAGCAGAUCUGGAACAUGGCUUCCUUAGGGGGACACAUUAUAAGCCGGCAUUGCUAUUCAGAUCUGAAUCCAAUUCUGGCUGUGGGCAACACUAACCUCAAUCUGAUAUCAGAAGAUUUUCCUCAACAGAUUCCUCUAAGCGAACAUUUUCUUGCUGGGCUGGCGAGUGCAGACCUGGAGCCGGAGGGAAUUUUGGAGUCUGCGUAUAUUCCCCACUCUCAAAAGUGGGAAUUUGUGUCAGCCUUCCGACAGGCUCAGUGCCAGCAAAAUGCCUUGGCCCAUGUGAAUGCUGGCAGGCGAGUUCUCUUCAAAGAGGGCACAGACACCGUCGAGGACCUGAGCAUCGCCUACGGAGGGGUCGGGGCUGCCACAGUCAGUGCACAAAAAUCCUGCCAGCAGCUCCUAGGGAGGCGCUGGGGUGAGCUGAUGCUGGAUGAGGCCUGCAGGCUGCUCCUGGACGAAGUCUCCCUCCCAGGCUGGACUCCAGGUGGGAGGGUGGCGUUCAAGAGGACUCUGGUGGCCAGCUUCUUCUUCAAAUUCCACCUACAAGUUCUGCAGGAACAGAAGAAGCUAAACAGACACCGUUAUCCUGAAAUUUCAGACCGAUUCCUAAGUGCUCUAGAAGACUUGGUCACAGUACCCCAGGGAGUCCAAAGGUACCAGAGUGUGGAUUCUCACCAACCCCUCCAAGAUCCAGUCGGACGCCCCAUCAUGCACCUACCAGGCCUUAAACAUGCCACAGAUGAAGCCGUAUUUUGUGAUGACAUCCCCAUGCUGAAUAAAGAACUUUCAAUGGCUGUACUCUGCCUGGGCCAGAUCGUCUGUGGUGUGGUUGCAGAGACAGAUGUACAGGAAGCACACAAAAAGAUAAAGGUAACCUGUGAAGAACCGGAGCCCAUAAUCUUCACCAUUGAGGAUGCCAUAAAACACAACUCAUUCCUGUGCCCUGAAAAAAAACUUGAACAAGGAAACAUUGAGGAGACAUUUGAAAAAGUCGAUCAAAUUGUUGAAGGAGAAAUCCAUGUUGGAGGACAGGAACAGUUUUACAUGGAAACACAGUGAGUGCUUGUUAUUCCAAAGACAGAGGACAAAGAACUGGACAUUUAUGUGUCAGCACAGGAUCCAGCCCACGUGCAGAAGACAGUGUCCUCUACUUUAAAUCCCAUCAACAGAAUCACCUGUCAUGUAAAACGAGUGGGUGGAGGUUUAGGCGGGAAGAUAGGAGGACCAGCUGUAUCGGGGCUACUGCAGCUGUGGGCACUAUCAACUGGUCACCCCAUUCAUCUUGUUCUUGAUUGUGAAGAUGAUAUGUUAAUAACUGGGAGAAGGCACCUAUUAUUUGGAAAAUAAAAGGUGGGAUUCAUGAACAACGGGCGAAUCAAAGCUCUAGACAUUGAGUGCUUCAUUAAUGGAGGGUGCACACUGGAUGACUCGGAGCAGGUAAUAGAAUUUCUUAUACUGAAGCUGAAAAACGCAUAUAAAAUCCCCAAACUCAGGUUCCAGGGCUAUGCGUGCCUGACAAAUUUACCAUCUGACACGGCCUUUCGCGGAUUUGGCUUCCCACAAGGAACCCUGGUAACAGAAUCUUGCAUCACAGCUGUGGCAGCCAAAUGUGGCCUUCCGCCAGAGAAGAUUAGGGAGAAAAACAUAUGCAGAACAGUUGAUAAAACCAUCUACAAACAAGCAUUCAACCCUGAAACACUGAUAAGAUGUUGGAAUGAAUGUCUGGACAAGACAUUUCACAAUGUCUUUCACAACAGAAGAAUGCAAUAAGAAGAAUUCACUAAGAAGAAUUACUGGAAGAAGGGAGGCAUUGCUAUGAUCCCCAUGAAGUUUUAAGUCGGAUUUGCUGCAACAAGAUAUCAUCAGGCAGCUGCACUGGUUCAUAUCUACACCGAUGGGUCCGUAUUGGUCACACACGGAGUCAACGAACUGGGACAAGGUAUUCACACCAAAAUGCUACAGGUGGCCAGCCGUGAAUUAAAAAUACCCAUGUUGUACAUGCACAUCUGUGAAACAAGUACAGCCAUGGUACCUAAUACAAUUGCUACAGCAGCAUCCAUCGGCUCAGAUGUCAAUGGCAGAGCCGUGCAGAAUGCUUGUCAGAUUCUUCUGAAACACCUUGAGCCCAUCAUUAAGAAAAAUCCAGAAGGUACCUGCAAAGACUGGGUAAAAACUGCUUUUGAACAAAGAGUCAGUCUUUCAGCCACUGGAUACUCCAGGGGCUACAAGGCCUUCGUGGACUGGGAGAAAGGAAAAGGAGACCCUUUUUCCUACUAUGUCUAUGAAGCAGCCUGUUCCGAGAUUGAAACUGACCGCCUGACAGGAGCUCACAAGAAAAUCAGAACAGACAUCGUUAUGGAUGCAUGUUGCAGUCUAAAUCCGGCCACUGAUAUUGGGCAGAUUGAAGGUUCAUUUAUUCAGGGAAUGGGCCUUUAUACCACUGAAGAGGUGAAAUAUUCCCCAGAAGGUGUCCUGUACUCUCGAGGCCCAGAUGAGUACAGAAUUCCAACCAUGAGCGAUGUCCCAGAGGAGUUUAAUGUCUCCUUGUUGCCAUCAUCACAAACCCCACUAACCAUCUAUUCAUCCAAGCGUCUGGGAGUGUCUGGGAUGUUCCUGGGGUCAUCGGUGUUCUUCACCAUCACUGACGCUGUGGCAGCACACAGAGAAGGAGACAUAGCUGAGGACUUCACAGUGAAGAGCCCAGCGACCCCAGAAUGGGUUCGAAUGGCCUGUGCAGAUAGGUUCACAGAGAUGAUCCCAAGAAACGAUCCUAAGACAUUUAAACCCUGGUCUAUCCCUAUAGCAUAA